CGCGCUCGCCGCCCGCGUCUCCUCCUCGCUCCGUACCGCGUCUCGCGCCCGGUCUCUUCACAGUCCGGCGGCGGCUCCGUUCCGCGGCCGCCGGUUCCCGUUUCCGUCUCCUCACCGCGGGGUGCCCCCCGCGAUCCUUCCUACACCCCCCCCCCCCCGCCGCACCCCGCAGCUCGCCACGGCCUCUCCCCGCACCCUCGGCGAAGGCAGCGCGGGCCCCGCCAGCGGCACUCGGAGAAUUACCUAGGCUUCAAAAUGAAAGUGAGGAAGAAGAGUCCCCCAGAGCAUUAAUUUGAACAAUAACUAUUGCUGAAUAUAAAUGAAGAAUGAUGUGAUAUUAAUGCUUUCUAUGUGCAGACCCAUAAAGAUCAUCUCUAAGGAGUUGCAGUAAGGCAAGCACUGAGAGUAAUUUUUCUCUGGUACAAUGUGGUGAAGCAAAGGAACUGGAAUUGUCCACUUUUGUACAGUAUAAGGACUUAAAAUGUUCAUUAUUUUGUGAGCAGAAGCAGUUCUGGAGUGAAUUGAACUUCUGAAAAUGCGGCCAUGGACUGGUUCCUGGCGUUGGAUCAUGCUCAUCCUCUUUGCUUGGGGAACUUUACUCUUUUAUAUCGGUGGACACCUGGUACGAGACAGUGAACACCCAGAUCACUCUAGUCGUGAAUUAUCCAAGAUACUUGCUAAACUUGAACGGUUAAAGCAGCAAAAUGAAGACUUAAGGCGGAUGGCAGAAUCUCUCAGGAUACCAGAUGGCCCUAUUGAUCAGGGACCAGCUGCAGGAAAGGUACAUGCUUUAGAGGAGCAACUUUUAAAGGCCAAAGAACAGAUAGAAAACUAUAAGAAGCGGACAGGAGAUGUAGGAGGCCUUGGAAAAGACCAUGAAAUACUGAGGAGGAGGAUUGAAAAUGGGGCUAAGGAACUUUGGUUUUUCCUCCAGAGUGAAUUGAAGAAGCUGAAAAAUCUAGAAGGAAAUGAACUGCAAGGACGCAUUGAUGAAUUUCUGUCUGAUUUGGGUCAUCAGGAAAGGUCGAUAAUGACCGACUUGUACUACCUCAGUCAAACAGAUGGAGCAGGAGAUUGGCGAGAAAAAGAGGCCAAAGAUCUAACAGAUUUGGUACAGAGGAGAAUAACUUAUCUACAGAACCCGAAGGAUUGCAGCAAAGCUAAGAAACUUGUGUGUAAUAUCAACAAAGGCUGUGGCUAUGGUUGUCAACUUCAUCACGUAGUCUACUGCUUCAUGAUUGCUUAUGGCACUCAGCGAACACUCAUUUUAGAGUCUCAGAACUGGCGCUAUGCUACUGGUGGCUGGGAGACUGUAUUUAGGCCUGUAAGUGAGACAUGUACUGACAGAUCAGGUACCACCACUGGACACUGGUCAGGUGAGGCUAAUGAUAAGGAUGUUCAGGUGGUGGAACUUCCCAUUGUUGACAGCUUACACCCACGGCCACCCUAUUUACCGUUGGCUGUCCCUGAAGACCUGGCUGAUAGGCUAAUUCGUGUACAUGGGGAUCCUGCUGUGUGGUGGGUCUCGCAGUUUGUGAAAUACUUGAUACGUCCACAGCCUUGGUUAGAAAAAGAAAUAGAGGAAGCCACAAGGAAACUUGGUUUCAAACAUCCAGUGAUCGGUGUUCAUGUUCGAAGGACAGACAAAGUAGGAACAGAAGCAGCAUUUCAUCCCAUUGAAGAGUAUAUGGUACACGUUGAGGAACGGUUUGAACUUCUUGCUCGCAGAAUGCAUGUUGAUAAAAAAAGAGUGUAUUUGGCUACAGAUGACCCUUCACUGUUGCAAGAGGCAAAAUCCAAGUAUCCACAUUAUGAAUUUAUCAGUGAUAACUCCAUAUCCUGGUCAGCAGGACUUCAUAACCGUUACACUGAAAAUUCCCUAAGAGGUGUUAUUCUGGAUAUUCACUUCUUGUCGCAGGCAGACUUCCUGGUCUGUACGUUUUCAUCCCAGGUUUGUCGAGUUGCCUAUGAAAUUAUGCAGACAUUGCAUCCAGAUGCUUCAGCGUAUUUCCAUUCUUUGGAUGAUAUCUACUACUUUGGGGGACAGAAUGCCCACAACCAGAUUGCUAUUUAUGCUCACCAUCCAAGAACUGCAGAUGAAAUUCCUAUGGAACCUGGAGAUGUAAUUGGAGUAGCUGGAAACCACUGGGAUGGUUAUUCAAAAGGCAUCAAUCGGAAAUUAGGAAGAACAGGCCUGUACCCAUCAUACAAAGUUAAGGAGAAAAUUGAGACAGUCAAGUAUCCUACAUACCCAGAAGCUGACAAGUAGAUGGAAAGGAAGAUCAUCAGCAGUAAUUCUCAAUUUUGAUUGGUUUGAACCAGUCAACACACUAACUAAUGGUUUCUAUGGGAUUUGAAUUUGCAUUUUAACAUGCAGUUAAAAUCAAAGCUUUUAGCAAUGAAACUGGAUAAGAAGCUGAGAACAAAUGGAUGGGCUGUUAUCUGAACUUACUCUUAAACAGUUUUUGUUACAUGCACUCUCACACAUGCACACACAAACCCACAUACAACAGGGAAACUGUUGUUUUAUACUUUUUGUCUCUUUUCAAGAUUCGUCCCAGUCAUUAGUCUUACAUGAGCUUUGGGCUCUUUUUCUCUGCCAUUAAUUGACAAUAAUGUUCAGACUUACAACACUGCCACAUUGUGUAAUUUGAGUGACAUGAACAUAUUUUGUAUGUACAAAAUUUAAAACAUGGUGCCUAUAUUUGAAAAAAUUGUGACCUUUUUAGAAGAGCCAUGGCUAUUUCACAAUGGGUAAGAGUCAAUCUUCAACUGGUGUUACCAUGACCACUGAACUUGCUUCAAACAACAGAUUCCGAUUUCAGACUAGAUUUCUUUUACAGGUUUCUUUUUAGCAUUCCAUUGAUUACUUCUCAUCAUUAAUAAAAUAAAGAAUACAUCCAACAAUAAAAUAAUCACUGUCUGUUAGGAACUUUGUGAAACAAUGCCAUGAACAGAUUCUUUAGUACUGGUAAUGUUUCUGGACAUUGGGUUUUAUUGGGGCGG